ACGUGUCAUAACCUCCCAUAUUACAUAACUUGGCGCCCUCUUCACACUUUACCACUUCAUUCAUUCAUUCAUUCUCCGAUCUUCACCGCUCCGGUUCGUUCAUUCCGGUUCAAGUAAAAAACCGAAAAAGAAAAACCGAACCAUUAAAUCUCGGUGCUCUAAUGGAAGCUCACGGCGGAGGUCUCCGCCGCGUCCUGGUACUGGCCUUCUGCGUCGCCGGAAUCUGGUCGGCGUAUAUCUACCAAGGCAUUCUUCAGGAAACACUGUCAACGAAACGAUUCGGUCCUGACGGUGAGAGAUUUGAACACCUAGCGGUUUUGAACUUGGCGCAGAAUGUAGUGUGUUUAAUCUGGUCAUUCAUAAUGAUAACUAUUUGGGGUGGUGGAAUUUCCGGUGGUGCUCCUUGGUGGUCUUAUUGGAGUGCUGGUAUUACUAACACUAUUGGUCCUGCUAUGGGAAUUGAAGCUUUGAAGUAUAUUAGUUACCCUGCUCAGGUGCUGGCAAAGUCCUCAAAAAUGAUUCCAGUUAUGCUGAUGGGUUCACUCGUAUAUGGUAUAAGAUACACCAUUCCAGAAUACCUUUGCACCUUCCUUGUUGCUGGAGGAGUUUCAACAUUUGCACUUCUAAAGACUAGCUCAAAGACUAUCAACAAGCUAGCACAUCCAAAUGCUCCACUUGGAUAUGGGCUAUGUUUCUUGAACCUUGCUUUUGAUGGAUUUACUAAUGCAACACAGGAUUCCUUAAAAGCUAGGUACCCGAAAACAAGUGCUUGGGGUAUUAUGUUGGGCAUGAAUUUAUGGGGAACCAUAUACAAUAUGAUUUACAUGUUUGCAUGGCCCAAUGCCAGUGGAUAUGAGGCGGUUCACUUUUGCAAACUGCAUCCAGAGGCAGCAUGGGAUAUUUUUCUGUAUUGCUGCUGUGGUGCUGUGGGACAGAAUUUUAUCUUCUUGACCAUAAGCCGGUUUGGCUCUUUGGCUAACACCACCAUCACUACCACUCGCAAAUUUGUCAGCAUUGUGGUAUCUUCAUUAUUGAGCGGGAACCCCCUUUCAACAAAGCAAUGGGGAUGUGUUUCUAUGGUAUUCUCUGGAUUAUCAUACCAGAUCUACCUCAAGUGGCAGAAGUUGAAGAGAUUGCAGAAGAAAAAGAAAGCCACGUAAAGCUCGGCAUCAAUUUUGAAGUCCAAUUACGAUUCAUAUUAGCUAAACCUCAAAGAUUCAACGGACCAGAAUUAGGUUUAUAUACAAAAGAGUAUUAAUAUUAGUUAUUGUAAUUGUAAUUGAAUAGAUCCGCUUGAGAAGUGAAAAAAUUUAGGUCCAAUUUUCUUAUUCAUUGUGGUAAUUUACUA